UCGUAUCAACGAGUCUUAAUUGAUUAAUUAUUCAAAGGCUGAUUCUGAGCCUUACACGUGUAAAAAUGAAGACCGGGUAUAAAAUACGGAUCUACCAUCAUAUCCCAUGCCAAUUAGCAUCUUAGCUUUCGAUUCCUGGCAUCUUCCUUCAGAUACCUUCCCUUCUUCUGCCCCUUAAAUCCUCACACGCUCUCACACUCUUCUUCCUCGCAUCACCACCGCUCGCCACCAUGAAUGCCUUCGAUUCCCCUCUCGAAGCUCUCACUUUCAACUAUGCCAGCUUCGGCCUAUCCAUCCUCGUCAACAACCUCUGGACCUGGCUCGCCCUCCUCACAGCCGCCCUCAGCCUAUGGAAGAUCCGCACUAAACCUCGUUUGCCUCCUCCUCCACCUCCGACGCCACCGUCAAAUGAUCAGAGCUUAAAUGGGUCUCGAUCGACAGGAGACGAGCGACUAGUGGAAAACACUGUUCUGCAUGAAGUUCCAGAGAAAGGCCCAGUGACGGCGGGUGUUUUCUCAGAAGGCGACAUCGACGGAGUGACCAAGAAAAAAUUUACUAUAUUUUACGAGAAAGAAAGUAAAUACGAGUCGGAAGAGGAGUUGACAGAGACAGAAACAGAAAUGUGCUGCGACGACGGUUGUGGUUUCAAAUCAGAAUGGUGGGAGAAAUGGGAUAAAAUGUUAAAGGCGAGGAUGGGAGUGAAUAGCUGGUAUAUGUACCAGGAUUCAACAAAUCUCAACAGUAACGUUGUGAGAUUCUGGGAUUCCGGGAUUGGUAGUAGCAGAUUUCCAAAACAAGCGAGGUACAGCUCAAGCUGUAUCGUCUGGUAGAUUCAGAGAUGUUGCCAAGAUUAAGGUGUAUAUAUAUAAUUUGCAUAAUUUGGAUUAGCAGUAGUUUGGAUGACGAAACAAAACAUUGAACCUCAAUUUUCAAACGCAAACGUACGCCUUUGUGCUUUUGCGUGAGGUUUUUGAUCUCUUCAAUUCCUAGCUCGUCUUUUCCCUGUGGCAUAUAAUGAAAUCCAGUCUAUUUUCUUGAUCAUGUGUUACCUUCAAUAAAGUCAUAUUAUUCCACCUUAAAAA